AUGACACUCCCUGAUGGCCAGGCUGAUCUCCCUAUUGGUGGCAUUAUGGGGACAAGCUCUGGAGCUUAUGCUGGAAGCCUGUACUGUGCAGGCUAUACACCAGAGCAGAUCGCCACAGAACUCUGCGUGGUUCCGCCAGUCCUGUUGUUGCGGCCCUGCUGGCGGUUCUGGUGCGGACUACUGUCACUGCAUGUGGUUGUCGAUCGACUGAGGGAGCUCCUGCCUCCGACUUUCGAAGACUUGGACCGCAAGUUUGCUGUUGGCGUGAUUGACUCAAAUGGUCAGCACAGGCUGAUCGACUCUGGUCCUCUGCCAGAAGCAGUGGCUGCAUCUGGAGCCAUUCCAGUGCUCUUCGCCCCUGUGGAUGUUCCUGGUGUUGAGGAUGGCCCACAUGGCGAUGGAGGCAUGCGUGAUCGUCUGGGUCUGGUGCCUUGGAGGGAGCAUAGGAGGGCGAGUCUGCCAUCCAAGGCGCCGGACGCCCUGGUGCACCUGAUAUCACGGAGCUCACCGUUCAGCGGAAAGGACGAUGUGGAGGCCAUGGGCGAGCGGAGGGUUUCAGUGGCUCGGUCGCAGAAGAGUGGCGUCAAUUUCUUCACCAUGGGGGACUAUGAGAGGCAAAUGAGGGACGCAUGUGACCAGGCUGCGCCUCUGGUUCAGGCGGUGAAGGACAGGAUUUCUGAGCCUAGGAAACGUCUGGUUGCAUGA